AGUACAAUCCUAUUCUUACAUCUUCUACUUCUCUAUAGAUAUACUGUAUAUUUAUUUAUUUAAUUUUUAAUUAUAUUUAUUAGAAACCAAACAAAAUAAAGACUUUUAUUAAGUUAGUAUUUUAAUACUAUCUUAUUUUAUUUAACAUUUAUAAAUCGAUUCUUUGCUCUCUUUAUUUAUUUAUUUUUCUUAAUUUCAAAAAUAAAAAAAAAAAAAAAAGAACACAAUGGAGGUGUUGGUGGGUGGGUAGUGCGAAAUCGAGGGCUGUCUUCUUUCAUGGGCUACGACACACUCUCUCUCCUCCUUCUUCAUCUCUCUCUACCUCUGCAUCUCCGAUCCUUGAUCUCUAAGCCCUAGAUCUUCACCAUUGUCGCGCUUAAUCUCUUUGAUUUAAGUUUAGGACCUUGCCUUGCUGCUUUGCUGUACCGAUUUUGGUGGAUUUUUACCUGGAUCUUGACAUUUUUUUUAUUUCUUCACCAAGCUUCGUUUUUUGCCGCGUCGGAAGUAGUUUGCUUUGGGGUUUUGAAUUCUGUGAGAUCGGAAAAGGGAAAAAGGAUCGUAGGGUGAUUUUAGUUAGUUAGGUCGAUGGCUUCUAAUCCUCCUCCAUUCGAGGUGGAGGAUCAGACGGAUGAGGAUUUCUUCGAUAAAUUGGUGGACGAUGAUUUUGGUCCCUCGGAAUCAUCUGCCCCAAAAUUCCCCGAGGGUAAUGAUUCCGACGAUGCUAAGGCGUUUGCUAAUCUUAGCAUUGCGGAUGAAUCUCCUGCAUUGGAGGAUUUUAGCGGUGAAGGUAUGGUGGAUGAACUGAAAACUGAAGACGGUGCUGCCCAAGUAGAUGCUGCAGAUGGGUCUGGGAUAAUUUGCGAAAAGAGUGUUGUUGAAGUUAAUGCGAAAGAUGGGAAUUCUGGUGUAUCGGCGAACUCAGCUUUAGAUGCGGUUCCCGAGCCUAAAAAUGAUGGGACAGGAUCUGAAUUGAGGUUAGAAUCCAUGAGCAAUGAGUCCGGCAGUGGAGGGUUUAAGGUGGUGGGGUGGAGUUCGUUCCAUGCUGAUUCUGCUCAGAAUGGUGGUCAUGGGUUUGGAUCCUACUCCGACUUUUUUAGUGAAUUGGAUGCAGGUGUUUCUGGGGAAGUUCCUGGAAAAGCUGGUGAAGAUUUGACCACUCAAGCAAAUAUGUUCCCUUCCCAUGAAGAGCAUAGGGAUGAAAGCUUGAACAAUAUGGUUAAUUACACACAACAUCAGGAAAGUCAAAAUUUUGUUGCUCCAGUAGAGCAGCAAAAUACAAAUGUGCAGGAUGUAAAUACCAGUCAAUACUGGGAAAAUCUUUAUCCGGGGUGGAAGUACGACUCAAAUACUGGGCAAUGGUACCAAGUGGAUGUUGUUGAUCCUACAGCUCAAGCUCAAGGUAGCUUUGGAACGAAUUCUGCUGUCAGUGACUGGACUGCUGUUUCUGAAGUUAAAACUGAGAUUUCAUAUUUGCAGCAAACGCCUCACUCUCCUAUGGGAACUGUUGCUAAAACCAAUACUCAUAUGCAGCUACAGUCUAAUUCUUUUAUGGGAGUUUCUGCUGAAACAAAUGCCUAUAUGCAGCAGCAAACAUCUAAUUCUGCUGUGGGAACUGCUGCUGAAACCAAUUCUUAUGUGCAGCAAACAUCCAACUCUGUUGUGGGACCUGCUACUGAAACCAGUACAAGUCACAGUGUGUCCGACUGGAAUCAACCGUCCCAAGCAAGCAAUGGGUAUCCUGAACAUAUGAUUUUUGAUCCCCAGUAUCCUGGUUGGUAUUACGACACAAUCGCCCAAGAGUGGCGAACUCUGGAUUCUUACACUUCGACUGUUCAACCAGCAGUUCAGGAUCAAAAUGGGGUUGUUUCAAGUAAUAUAUAUUCUCAGAACAAAAGUAGUUCCUUUGAAGAGUACAGGCAGGAUGACAAUCAUGGGUCAAGAGGCCUUGGUGGCCAAGGUCAAGAAGGUGGAUGGGGUGGAUCUUAUAAUAAUAGUAAUCAAAACAAUCUGAACUUGUGGCAAGCUGAAGUACCUAAGAGUGCAGCCUCAACAGCAUUUGGUGGAAAUCAGCAACUGGAUAGUAAAUAUGAUGGUUCACAAUUUUAUACAAAUGAAAAUCCGCAGGCAUCUUUGAGUUCUUUUGGAGCAGUUCAAUCGUACAAUAGAGCUAAUCAAGGGCACAAUGAGACCAACGGGACUCUGGGAUUCCAAGGCUUUAACCCUGUUACCCAGCCGUUUAAUCAAGUAAAUCUCAACGACCAAAAUCAUAUCUCAAAUGAUUACUAUAGCAGUCAGAAGCCUGUAUCUCAACAAUCAUUUCCUGGUGGCAAUCAGUUACCUUAUAAUCCUAGUGUUGGAAGGUCACCGGAUGGACGUCCUCCACAUGCUCUAGUAACUUUUGGGUUUGGAGGAAAACUCAUAGUAUUGAAGGAUCAUAGUAACGUUGGGAACUCAUCUUAUGGAAGCCAGGGUCCUGUUGGAGGCAUAGUUUCUGUUCUAAAUAUGCAAGAAGUUGUGACAGAGAACACCAAUGUUUCAACCAGCAGUAGCUGUAAUUACCUUCGUGCGUUGUGUCAACAGUCCUUUCCUGGUCCAUUGGUUGGCGGCAAUGUAGGAAGCAAAGAGUUGAAUAAAUGGAUAGACGAGAGAAUCACGAAUUGUGAGUCAUCUGACAUAGAUUUCAAGAAAGGUCAAAUAUUGAAGUUGCUACUCUCCUUGCUUAAGAUAGCUUGCCAACAUUAUGGAAAACUUCGUUCUCCCUUUGGUUCUGAAGUUGCAUUGAAAGAUAAUGAUACCCCAGAAGCAGCAGUUGCUAAACUUUUUGCUUCAGCAAAGGCGAGUGGAGCACAAUUCACUGAGUAUGGCGCUCUUAACUACUGUUUGCAGAAACUGCCUUCUGAAGCGGAACUACAGGCAACUGCUUCUGAAGUGCAAAAUCUUCUAGUUUCUGGUAGAAAGAGAGAGGCUUUACAGUAUGCACAAGAAGGUCAAUUGUGGGGUCCUGCACUUGUUCUUGCUUCACAACUCGGUGAUCAGUUCUAUGUUGAUACUAUCAAACAAAUGGCUUUCCGACAAUUGGCUGCGGGAUCUCCUCUGCGGACUCUAUGCCUGCUUAUUGCAGGGCAACCAGCUGAAGUGUUUUCUGUAAAUGCUGUUGCUGAUGGCAGUGUUCCGGGUUCUGUUACAAUGUUUCAACAGCCUGCACAGUUUGGCACCAGUGGUAUGCUUGAUGACUGGGAGGAGAAUCUAGCAGUAAUUACUGCAAACAGAACAAAAGAUGAUGAGUUGGUAAUCAUCCAUCUUGGAGACUGCCUGUGGAAAGAAAAGAGUGAGAUUACUGGAGCACAUAUCUGCUAUAUAGUUGCGGAAGCAAAUUUUGAGUCAUACUCAGACAGUGCAAGACUCUGUCUGAUUGGAGCAGAUCACUGGAAAUUUCCUAGGACCUAUGCUAGUCCAGAGGCUAUUCAGAGGACUGAGUUAUACGAAUACUCAAAGGUGCUUGGGAAUUCUCAGUUUAUUUUGCUACCAUUUCAACCAUAUAAAUUAGUCUAUGCUCACAUGCUUGCUGAAGUGGGAAAGGUUUCAGAUUCUUUGAAAUACUGUCAAGCAAUAUUGAAGUCUCUGAAAACUGGUAGAGCACCUGAAGUAGAAACUUGGAAACAAUUAGUAUUAUCACUUGAAGACAGGAUUAGAACCCAUCAACAGGGAGGAUUUACUUCAAAUUUGGCUCCUACAAAAUUAGUUGGAAAGUUGCUGAACUUUUUCGAUAGUACUGCACAUCGUGUUGUUGGAGGUUUGCCGCCACCUGCACCGUCUACAUCACAUGGAAGUAUCCACAGUAAUGAACAUUUGCACCAGCAGCAGAUGGCUCCUAGAGUAUCGGGUAGUCAAUCAACAAUGGCUAUGUCAUCUUUAAUGCCUUCUGCUUCAAUGGAGCCCAUCAGUGAGUGGGCUGCUGAUGGCAAUAAAAUGUCAAUGCAUAAUAGAAGUGUUUCAGAGCCAGACUUUGGUAGAACUCCAAGACAAGAUGACUCAUCAAAGGAAGGAACCUCAGCUGAUUCUCGAGGAAAAGGAUCAGUCUCCGGGGGGACAUCUCGCAUGUCACGUUUCGGUUUUGGGUCAGUGUUGCUGCAAAAAACAAUGGGCCUAGUUUUAAGGCCCCGCUCUGGUCGUCAGGCUAAAUUAGGUGAACAGAACAAGUUCUACUAUGAUGAAAAGCUGAAGAGAUGGGUUGAAGAAGGUGUUGAGGCCCCUGCUGAGGAAGCUGCUCUGCCACCUCCUCCAACAAUGUCCACCUUCCAGAAUGGAAUGUCAGAUUACAGUAUGCAAUCUACGUUGAAGAGUGAUGCAACUUCUCUUGGAGGUAGCCCUGAUCCAAAAAGUUCAACUCCAGAAUAUUCUUCAGGGAUCCCACCUAUUCCACCCACUUCAAAUCAAUUCUCAGCACGUGGGCGGGUGGGUGUUCGGUCAAGGUACGUUGACACUUUUAACCAGGGUGGCGGUAGGCCAGCAAAUUUAUUUCAUUCGCCCUCUGUACCAUCUGUUAAGCCAGCUGUUGCUGCCAAUGCAAAGUUUUUCAUUCCUACCCCUGCCUCGGGAGAACAGUCAAUGGAGGCUAUAGCAGAAAGUGUGCAGGAAGACGUGCCAACAGUGGGGACACAUGAAGAAGCUUCCACAUCUACCGGGAAUGCAGCAUUCCAGGUUCCCCCACCGUCAGCAUCCAUGCAAAGGUUCCCAAGCAUGGGUAACAUUCCAGGCCAGCGAGUUAUGACAAAUAGCAAUGGCUCCCUUUCUUCACUCUCGCGAAGAACGGCUUCAUGGAGUGGAAGUUUUAACGAUUCAUUCAGCUCUCCAAAAGAGACGGAAGUAAAACCUUUAGGAGCAGUGUCGUCGGGCAUGCCUCCAACUAUGUUUUCGCCCACUGACCCAUCAUCUAUGAUGCGUGCACAGAUGAAUGGUGGCAAUUUUGCUGAUGAACUCCAGGAAGUGGAGCUUUGAGAGCCAAGUAGUAAAGCAAAGAUGUACAUAUUGAGUUUUGUUCCUCGUGAUCAAAUACAAAAAUAGUUGGGGGAUGGGUGUUUCAUGUUCCUGCCAUUGCAUCCCUCAGAAAAUCAAAGUGGUGGGUAUGAUACGGUACGGUAUAUGGUACGAGUUAGAAUUUGAGAUUAUACAAAAAGUAAAUGGAAUGUUUUCCUUUGCCUUAUGCCUCCUUAAAUCUGCCAUGAAUUCUGAAGUUGGGUGCAAUUCUAAGUACUACUACUAUUAUUAUUAUUAUUAUUAUUAACUACCCUGGGAAUCACCAUCAUCUGAGGCUUAAGGAGCUGGUUCCAUGUGGGCAACACACCUCUGUACAGUUCAUUUAUUCAUUUGUUGGAAGAAGAAACCAAAAAAAAAGGAAAGACCCUUUUGAGGUGUAGUCCAAAGGGAUUCUCCAUAGAUCUCUCAAGGGGAGAUGAGAUGAUAGUGUAUUGAAUUUAGACAAAGGAAAGAAAAAAAAAAUGAAAAACACAAACGAAUAAAAUUCUAUGCUUGUGCCUUUCCAAUCCUUUUCAAAUGCAGUUAUGAAAUUGAAUCAAUUGUUAAAACUAUUUAUCCCAUUUUUUUUGCUUUAAAAUGUUACUAAUAUAUUUUUGUGAUAAUGUGAAUUUCCAACUCACUUUGCUUUUCAA